AUGAAUCAAGUAGGAGACGACCUAGAAGACGACUUUGUUUUGGACGACACGGUGGCACUUUCUGGAGACGAAGGUCUCGACAAUGUAGUUCAACUAGAUGAUGAAGACGUCUUUGUCGAUGCAGGGUCAGACGAGGGGCAAGACGGUGAGGACGACGACGAUGAGUAUGGAAAUGAUAACGACCACGAUAACAUUGCAUCGUCGACGAAAGACACCGAUGCUGCUCGGGCCAAAAAGCGAAAGCGUAGAGAGAAAGAGAAAGAGCGGAAGGCAAAGAAAAUCAAAUUGGCAGAAGCUACAGAAAAGAUAGAGGGCUCAAUAGCUUCUCAGUCACCUCAGAAGCUUUCAGAUUAUUUGGCUGCAAUGCAGGCUAAAAGUUUCCCAAAGCUAUCAGCUAUUGAAUUAGACGACCUGCGGAUACCAGAAUCAUCAAUAGCGGAUACGACCGCAUGGACGGAAUCACGAACACUGGAUGGGCUAGUGGGUUUUAUCACGAAAGUUCUUCCUAGCCUGCGCCUUCGGUUAUCACAGAAAUCGAAAUCAAAUGGAGCACCUACACUACUCUACAUCGCUGGAGCUGCUCUAAGAGUUGCAGAUGUCACUCGGGUGCUCAAGAAUAAUAAACUUCAAGGUGAUAAGGGUGGAGAUGUCGCCAAACUGUUCGCCAAACACUUCAAGCUUGCGCAACACGUAGCCUACCUUAAACGGACGAAAGUUGGAGCAGCUGUUGGAACUCCAGGUCGAUUGGGAAAGUUGCUCAAUGAUACAGAUGCGCUGAAUGUGUCUGCUCUUUCCCACAUCAUCUUGGAUAUCACAUAUAAGGACGCCAAGAAUCGCAAUCUGUUAGAGAUUCCCGAAACAAGGGAUGAGGUCUUUCAAACGGUCUUGAAUAACGAGCUCGUUUUGAAGGGUAUUAAAGAGGGGAAGAUUCAAGUAGUGUUGUUCUAA